UAACCGUUAUCACGUUAAAUUAUUUAAAAUCUUGAACCAGGAAUGUGUUGAGACUUGUUUGAGUAAUACAUGAAAGUUGAAGCUGGAGUCUCAUAUGACAAGGCAUCUUUUUGUUUUGACUAGUCGACUCCGGCGUGUUGGAGGAGGAGGUGUUGUGUGUUGGUGCUCUCACUCUCAACUGGAUUACAUUAAUUUUACGAUGUCAGGGGAUAUUCAACCUAGGAAACGCAAGGGGAAGGGAAAGAAGAAAGCUCAUUUGGAGGCUUUGCAACGUGAAGAAUAUGAGCAGGAGCGUCUAGCUCUCAAAGCCAUGGCCUAUGAAGCCGAAGAUGAUAUGACAGACACCAAAGGCAAGGCGAUGACAAAUAAUAUUGGCAAGAACCACAGCACUACCAAUGGUGACAGCAGUGGGAUUAUAGCCAAGAUUAUUUUCCUGGUACUUCUUGUCUCAUUGUCACUGGUCGUUGCACUUAUCUUGAUUGAACUACAAGGCAAGCAGGGUAGGGCAUGGAGUGCUGGUUUUGUAAAUAAUGCAUUGUCAUAUAAAAUUCAGAGCACCCAGCAUAUUUUUUUAAUCUUAAAACUAUAUUUACAGAAUAUACAUAUGGAUAUGGAAGUAAUCCCAGAGGCUCCCUCACCUAUAUUACAACAAGACAUAGAAGAAGAAUAUGAGCCUAUAGAAGCAACACCUCCACUUGAGGAAUAUAUUCAUGUGGAGGAAGUCAUUGUAGAAGCUCCACCUCAAAGGCAGAAACGGGUUGUGGAGAAAGUGGAGCCAGAAGUGUCUACCACUGAUGAUAAACUGGAUGAAGUUAAUGAUGCUUCAGCUGCUGCUGAGGAAGAAGAGUUUGUAGAAGCAAUACCAGUUGAAGAAAGUAUUGAGGUCCCAGAAACACUGGCAUCUUUUAAGGAAGCUACACCUAAGGAAACUGCCCCUAAAGAUAUGGAACAUGAUGUGGUAACAGAGGAAGUUAUUCCAGUUGAAGAGCAUGUAGAGGCUGUUACUGUUGAGGAAUCUUUGCAGGUAAAGAAUGAAGCAGAUGAUGUACCCAUUGAAGAAACUCUACUAGCAGAGGAAGUGAAAAAAUCUUUACCUCUUGAAGGACCUCCAGUAGUCAAGGAAAUGAAAUCAGCCCUGGAAGAAGAGAAGAAAGAGGAGCCCAGUGAAGAAACUGGAGAGUUAGCUUUGCCUGAAAAUAAUGAAGUUGAAGACCUUUUACAUGUUGAGCAUGUGUCAGAAAUGGGUGCACCUGCUGGGGAGAUUGAAGAAGUAACUUUAGCAAGUGAAAAAGCAGAGGAAGAGUUACCUGGUGCUGAAGAAGAUGGAGCUUUAGAUGCUUUUGUUAAUAUACAAGUAAAAGAAGUUCUUCCUGUUGAUAGUGAAACCCCAAUAGAAAAUCAAAAUGUAGAUGAUCAUAAGGAAGAAGCUGAAGGACAACCAAAAAAGGGGGAUAAUGACUAUUAUGAUGAUGAUGAUGAUGAUGAUGAGGAUGACGAUGAUGAUGACGAUGAUGAUGACGAUGAUGAUGAGAUAGAGAAAAUUGUAGGUAAAAGAUUAGGUCAAGAUGUUACUGAAGAGGAGGAAGAAGAUUGGUCACAGUAUGGAAAGGAGGGUGAAGUUGGUCUUUUGACUGACGCAUAUCUAAAAGUUGAGUCAUUAGCAGAACAAGUGCUAGCCAAGGAUCCAAAUAAUGCUAUGGUAGCACAGUUAGCACCACACCUGUCUGGAGUUCUUCAAGCUAUGGAAGGUGGUCAAACAAAUGGAUUACUUGAUACACUUAAGCACAUUCAAGUUAUCCUAGAAGAUGUCAAGAAUCGUAUUGAGGCUGAGCCACUCAGCUCUGGAGCUGCUCAGCCAGAAGAGUCAGCAAAACCAGAAGCCAACAUCCAGCAGAAGCCUGAGGUUUUAAUAGCUGGUAGUGAUGUAGGAGGGAAGGCCCAGGUUCUGGCUCCUGACACACAUGUAACUCACUCUAUUACUAAUGAUAUGCUGCAGCCUUAUCCAUGGCAAGUUGAUGAACUAGAGCUUGAACCACAAGCAGUUGAAGAACCAGAACUUGAACCACAAGCAGUUGAAGAACCAAAGCUUGAACCACAAGCAGUUGAAGAACCAGAGCUUGAACCACAAGCAGUUGAUGAACCAGAGCUUGAACCACAAGCAGUUGAAGAACCAGAGCUUGAACCACAAGCAGUUGAUGAACCAGAGCUUGAACCACAAGCAGUUGAAGAACCAGAGCUUGAACCACAAGCAGUUGAUGAACCAGAGCUUGAACCACAAGCAGUUGAUGAACUAGAGCUUGAACCACAAGCAGUUGAAGAACCAGAGCUUGAACCACAAGCAGUUGAUGAACCAGAGCUUGAACCACAAGCAGUUGAUGAACCAGAGCUUGAACCACAAGCAGUUGAUGAACCAGAGCUUGAACCACAAGCAGUUGAUGAACCAGAGCUUGAAUCACAAGCAGUUGAUGAACCAGAGCUUGAACCACAAGCAGUUGAUGAAGCAGAGUUUGAAUCACAAGCAUUUGAUGAACCAGAGCUUGAACCACCAGUAGUUGAUGAACGACAAGCAGUUGAUGAACCACAAGCAGUUGAUGAACCAGAGCUUGAAUCACCAGUAGUUGAUGAACCACAAACAGUUGAUGAACCAGAGCUUGAACCACAAGUAGUUGAUGAACCAACACUUGAACCACAAAAAGUUUAUGAACCAAUGCUUGAACCACAAGCAGUUUAUGAACCAGAGCUUGAACCACAAAUACUUGAUGAACCACAAGCAGUUGAUGAACCAGUGCUUGAACCACAAACAGCUGACAAACCAGAGCUGGAACCACAAGCAGUUAAAGAACCAGAGCUUGAACCACCAGUAGUUGAUGAAGCAGAACUUGAACCACAAGUAGUUGAAGAACCAAAGCUUGAACCACAAGCAGUUGAAGAACCAGAGCUUGAACCACAAGCAGUUGAUGAACCAGUGCUUGAACCACAAACAGCUGACAAACCAGAGCUGGAACCACAAGCAGUUAAAGAACCAGAGCUUGAACCACCAGUAGUUGAUGAAGCAGAACUUGAACCACAAGUAGUUGAAGAACAAAAGCUUGAACCACAAGCAGUUGAAGAACCAGAGCUUGAACCACAAGCAGUUGAUGAACCAGAGCUUGAACCACAAGCAAUUGAAGACUCAGAGCUUGAACCACAAGCACUUUAUGAACCACAAGCAGUUGAAGAACCAGAGCUUGAACCACAAGCAGUUGAAGAACCAGAGCUUGAACCACAAGCAGUUGAUGAACCAGAGCUUGAACCACAAGCACUUUAUGAACCACAAGCAGUUGAAGAACCAGAGCUUGAACCACAAGCAGUUGAAGAACCAGAGAUUGAACCACAAGCAGUUGUAGAACCAGAGCUUGAACCACAAGCAGUUGAUGAACCAGAUCUUAAACCACAAGCACUUUAUGAACCACAAACAGUUGAAGAACCAGAGCUAGAACCACAAGUAGAUGAACCAGAUUUCAGUUCACAAACAGUUGAUGAACCAGAGGCUGAGAAACAAACAGUUGAUGAAACAGAGGCUGAGAAACAAACAGUUGAUGAAACAGAGGCUGAGAAACAAACAGUGUAUGAGCCCAUGCCACAAACAGAUGAACCAGUGCUUGAGCAACAAAUAGUUUAUGAGCCUGAGUCACAAGAAGUUGAUAAGACAGAACCUGAGUCACAGUCGGUCAGUGGGCCAGAACUUGAGGCAGAGAGCAGUCUCAACUAUGAGUAUCUAACAGUUAGGCCAGUAGUAGGGCAAUUUGAGGAAGUUGUAGUAUCACGAAACCUGGGUUCUCCGGUAAGUCUUGCCAAAUCUGAGGUUGUUCCAGAGGAUAUUCUUUUAGAUGUUGAAUCUCAAAUCAUUCCUGAUGAUUCACUACAUGAAAAACGUAUUUAUGUUUUUCCUCCAUCUGAGGAAGAUGAAACUGUCUUCCCUUCUCCUGCAGAUGGGGAGGACCCAGUACUGGUAAAUGAUGUUAUUCCUGAUCCCAUUCACAUUAAACUUCUACAGGAACCGGGUGAGAAAAACAUCGACUCUGCAGUAUAUGCAACGAAAUCUGAGGUUGUUCCAGAAGAUGUUCUUUCAGAUAUUGAAUCUCAAAUCAUUCCUGAUAUUGCACUGCAGGAAGAACGUACUUAUGUUUUUCCUCCAUCUGAGGAAGAUGAAACUGUCUUUCCCUCUACUACAGAUGGGAAGGACCCAGUACUUGUAGAUGAAGUUAUUCCUGAUCCCAUUCACAUUAAACUUCUGCAGGAACCUAGUGAGCAAAACCUUGGCUCUCCAGUAAAUCCUUCAGAGUCUGAGGUUGUUCCUGAGGAUGUGCUUGCUGAUAUUGAAUCUCAAAUCAUUCCUGAUGAAGCACUGCAUGAAGAACGUACUUAUGUUUUUCCACCAUCUGAGGAAGACGAAGCAGUCUUGCCUUCUCCUGCAGAUGGGAAGGACCCAGUACCUGUAGAUGAAGUUAUUCCUGAUCCCAUUCACAUUGAACCUCUGCAGGAACCUAGUGAACCUUUGAAGGAAGUUCUAGAAGAUAUUCAGCCCCCUGUAUAUGAGAAAGCAGACAUUACAAGUGAAACAGACAAAAAUCUUCGUGAAGAUCUUGAUGCUGCAGAAAAACUAAUACCUCAGAACCCAGGGAAAGCUCUCAAUAGUUUUGGAGCUAUCCUUCAAAACACACCCAAAUCAGCAAGGGCCAUAUAUGGCCGUGCCAGGUCUUUGGACCGGUUAGCAGAAAUGGAACGAUCGAAUUCGAGGCUGGAGCAAGCCAUUGUAACGUACCGAGGAGUGCUUGAUCUUGCUGAUGAAGACCCCACCUUGGUGCCUCUUCCCCUUUUGCGUAUGGCUGCUGAAACCUGCGUUGAUCGCUUGAUAUUCAGAGGCUUUUUUGGCAAGGCAGUGAGAAUACAGCAGCGUCUUCUGCAGCGGUUUCCAGAUGAUUUGAAGUUGAGAAACAAGAUGGGUGUCACAUUUCUUCUUAUGAAUCAGGGAUCUGCUGCAAAGGAAAUCUUUGAGGCAGUUUUGCAAAAGUGGCCUGAUGACGGAUUUGCUCAGGUUCACUAUGGAUUUAUCCUAAAAACUACUUACAACAAUAACACCGGCGGAGCCUUUUAUAUGCAAAAAGGAAUUGAAAGUGAAGCAGAGGGGACAUCAGAUGGACGUUUCUAUUUCCACCUUGGGGAUGCUCUACAGCGUGAGGGCAAGACUAUAGAGGCAUACCAGAUAUAUGACCGUGCAGUGGAGAAAGGCUUGUUUUUUAGCCGUUACCAGAGGUCUUUAUAUAAUGUGGAUCGACUUUCUUCCCAGCCCUUUUGGACCCUUGAACAGACAACAUAUCAGGUGUCUUUUCGGAAGCUUGAGGAAAAUUGGAAGGCCAUACGAGAUGAGGGUGUAGCCCUAUUAGCCUUACCACCACAAGAUGGAUUUCGUCCUGAGUCGGAAAAUUUACGAGAAAUAGGAGAUUGGAAGCAGUUUGAAUUGUUCUCUCGAGGACGCAAGAUCACAGCUAACUGCAUUAAAGCCCCCAUAACCUGUUUAUUAAUUGAAAACUUCCCUGCAGCUGCUGGGUGUAAGCGUGGCCAGGUGAAAUUCAGUGUUAUGCAUCCACAUACACAUGUUUAUGCUCAUACUGGUCCCACCAACUGCCGUCUACGUGCUCACUUGGGUUUGGUGGUGCCAGAUGGUCUCCGUCUGCGAGUUGGGACUGAAGUGACCUCGUGGCAAGAAGGUAAAAUCUUCAUAUUUGAUGAUAGCUGGGAACAUGAAGUGUGGCAUGAAGGAGAUUCAUAUCGGCUAGUAUUGAUUGUAGAUGUAUGGCAUCCAGAACUGACAGAAGAAGAGAGAAACACACUGGUACCUAUAUGAACAACUGUACACUUCUUAAGUGAAUCUGAAUUUCUCGGUAGAGAUUUUUUAAGCUACUGUCGUAAUGAGGUAUGGAUAGUGGUGAUUUUAUUCUUAAACUUGCCAUCUUCAUGCAGAAGAUGCUACCAAAAUAUUUUGAACAAAGCAAAACUAAAUAUUUGCAUAGACCACAAUUUAAUGUAUUAAAUGUAGCCAAAAAUCUUUUACAUAUGAUCAAAUUUAUAUGCAAAGAAAUACUGUAGUUAAUAGUUUUCAUUUGGCAUUAGGCCUGUCACUGUGAUAAUUUAUUUGGUCUUGUCUUAAUUGUUCAGUAUCAAAGUACUAACCACUGUUACCAUUGCAAUUAUUAUUAUAAGU